UGAUGUUUUUCCGGAUUUCGUUUUUGGGGAAAAUUUUGGUCUUGUGACACAUGUGGAAUGGUGACACUUAAAAACUUGCUUUAGCCUCCUUCGUCACCCUACAAGCAAAUAAAUGUAUAUCAAAUAAUGCAAUCUAUAGUAUUUUUUUGUUCCCAUUGCAUUUGAUAAUAUUUUUGAAUGUUUUCUAACUUUUCUCUAAACUUAUAACAUAUUCCAAUUCACUAUGUGAAUUCCAUGGGGAUAGCCUUAAGUUGUAUUCCAUUUCAUUGCGUGAAGUUUAUUAUAAACUACUUCCUCAUAUAAUUUCAUGGAGCCAACGGAUAAUUUAUUUAUUGUUGCAAAAGUAACUCCAAAAUUUUCAUCUGAAGUAGUAGGAGAUGAAUAUAUUUUGUCUCCGGAUUUUUGUCAUCCUCUUCAGUCAAUAGAAAAUUUUUUCGAAAAAAAUUAUGACUUACAGAUGUGUAAAGCAUGCAGCAGUGAUACCGUUUCGAGUGCAUGUUUAAAAUCCAGUGACAGUGAUUUAACUUGCAAGGAGCUUUGUCUGUGCGUUGAAAGAAUUCUAUAUCUAAAAUGGAUAAGACAAGUGAAAGUUAGGAUGGAUGCAUCCUUUUUUUCCGUUUUAAUGUUGGAGUUAAAUAGAUCAAAACAAUUUCGAUGGAAUGUUCUUUCGAAGUUAUAUAAGGAGUACUUCAAGAGAUCUAGGAAUGCAUCAAAUUCAGUGGAUCGAAGAGUAUUAUGUGCAUUUUGUAGUAGAUGUUUAUGGAUGAUUAGUAUUACUGUUUAUCUCUUUAUACCAAACAAAAAUAUAGUGGAUUACAAAUGGAAUAAGAAAAUUGAAAUCUUAGCCAAUGAAAAAUGUGAGCUGGAAAAUGCAAUGGUUUGGUUAUCAACUCUUGGUGGUGCUUUUUCAGCUCUUGGAGACUCCUACCUUAAUUGUGCAGAAAAAGCUGGAGACAUAUCCAUACGUCAGCUGCAUAUUGCUCUACGACUUGGAGAUCCACUAACUGUAUGCAGAUGUAAAAUUUAUUUUGCUAUGAGUCUUCUUCAAAGAGGAUAUUAUAAAAAAACAAAAAGAAUAAUCAGAGAUAUGUAUAAUUUUUCUACAAAAGGAGAAGGUUCAAAGGACUUUAGGUUAAGAAAUAUGUGCAUCGCUGUAUGGAAUAAAUUGAAAUAUGUUCUAUCACAAAAAUCAAUUAAAAACACAUAACUUGUAUA